AUGCGUUUCCUUAUCGCUCUCUGCCUAGUUGGCGCCGCAUGCGCUCAAUACAACUACGGAGCUGGAAUUCUAAGCGGUUCAGCUUCCAACUCUAUUCCCAGUGUGGCCUACGAUGGACCCUCCUACCAAGGAGAAGCCAGCAACGUUGGCAGCUCUUACGCUCCAUCCGCCGAGUUGAACAAGGAAUUCUACACAUUUGAAGCCGACGAGAGUCAAUUCGAUGAUCCAUUGGCCGAUCAGAAGAUUGCCGGAUCUGUGAGCAAGGGACUACGUGUUGUGUUCAUCAAGGGACCCGAGAACCGUGGCUUGGAGAACGCUGCUUUGGCUCUGGCCAAACAGGCUGCCGAGCAGAAGACCGCCAUCUAUGUCCUGAACAAACAGACCGACAUUGGAGAUUUGGCCAACAAGCUGAAUGCCGUCCGCAACAAUGCCAACAACAAGCCCGAGGUGCACUUCGUCAAGUACCGCACUCCUGAGGAUGCUGCCAACGCUCAGCGCGCCAUCCAGGGUCAAUAUGACAACUUGGGCGGCACCAGCCAGAACAUCAACGGUGGCGUUGCCAAUGCCAUCAACUUCGCAUCUCAAGCUCCAGUGGCACCCGUUCAUCGCGGCAGCAACUACUCUCCUCCAGGAGCUGUUAGCAACUCUUACCUGCCCGCCAACAUCCUGCGUCGCCUGCGCAUUCGUUAA